AUGUCCCUCGAUCCACAAUCGUUGCAGAAAUUGCUAGUUGAGAUGGACAACCAGCUCAACAAAACAAGAGCUGACUUGAAUAUGUGCAACGUCCAGCUAGAGAGAGUCGACACCAACCUCAAGAUCAUCGACUCGACAACGUCAAAGUUGAAGAAGCUAACUACUUCUGGUGACAAUGUCUGGCAAGGUGUCGGUAAGGCAUUUGUUGUCAGAGACGUGGACUCUUAUUUGGACAAGAUUGUUAGCGACAAGAAAGAGUUCACAGAGACUAAAGAGUCUUUGAAUAAAAAGAAGAAUUACUUGGAAACCACGUUGGAGAAGACCGUGGACAAUAUGGCUCAAAUCUCCGGUUUCAAGAAGUGA